ACAUCACACUCUCUCACUCUCUCUUCAUCCUCCUCUUCGAACUCAAAAAAUCCCCCGCUCUUCCACCACUCCUUAGCAAUGCGCCUCUUCCUGCUGCCCCUCCUCCUCCUCUUCCUCCUCCACCUCCGCCGCGGCCCCGCCGCCGCCGCCGCCGCCCGCCCGACGGAGGUUCAGGCCCUCCUCUCCGUCAGGGCCGCCGUCACCGACGACCCCCAGUCCGCCCUCUCGUCCUGGACCACCGCCUCCGCCUCCGCCACGGCCGCCAACGGCAGCCACUGCUCGUGGCGGGGCGUGACGUGCGACGCCCGCCGCCGCCACGUGACGGCACUCGACCUCUCGUCCCUCAACCUCUCCGGCGCCCUCUCCCCGGGCCUCGCCCACCUCCGCUUCCUCGCCUCCCUCUCCGUCGCCGCCAACCAGCUCUCGGGGCCCGUCCCGCCGCAGAUCUCCGCGCUCGCCGGGCUGCGCUACCUCAACCUCUCCAACAACGUCUUCAACGGCACGUUCCCGCCCCAGCUCGGCCUCCUCAAGAACCUCCGGGUCCUCGACCUCUACAACAACAACAUGACCGGGGACCUCCCCGUCGCCGUCGCCGAGAUGCCGCAGCUCCGUCAUUUGCACCUCGGAGGCAACUACUUCGCCGGGAAGAUACCCCCCGAGUAUGGCCGGUGGGAGUUCCUCGAGUACCUGGCCGUCUCCGGCAACGAGCUCGUCGGCGCCAUCCCGCCGGAGAUCGGGUACCUGACGAGGCUGCGAGAACUCUAUCUCGGUUACUACAACAGCUACGACGGAAGCUUGCCCCCGGAGAUUGGUAAUCUGACUCAGCUCGUCAGGCUGGAUGCGGCUAACUGUGGAUUGUCCGGCGAAAUACCGCCGGAGAUUGUCAAGCUGCAGAACCUCGACACUCUGUUUCUUCAAGUGAAUGGGUUUGCAGGGUCUCUGACUCGUGAGCUGGGCUACUUGAAGAGCCUCAAGUCUCUGGAUUUGUCUAACAACAUGUUCUCUGGAGAGAUUCCCGAGUCCUUCUCUCAGCUGAAGAACCUGACCCUUUUGCAUCUCUUCAGGAACAAGCUUAAUGGUGAGAUUCCUGAGUUCAUUGCUGAUUUGCCCGGGUUGCAGGUUUUGCAGCUAUGGGAGAACAAUUUCACAGGGAGUGUUCCUCAGGAUUUGGGCAAGAAUGGGAAUCUCCAGAUCGUUGAUCUCUCGUCGAAUAAAUUGACGGGUAAUCUCCCUCCUGAUUUGUGUUAUGGUAACCAGCUUCAGACUUUGAUUGCUCUUAGCAACUUCCUGUUCGGCCCCAUUCCUGAGUCUCUUGGGAAAUGCCAGUCCUUGAGGAGGAUCCGAAUGGGAGAUAACUACCUCAACGGAUCGAUCCCGAGAGGGCUAUUCGGGUUGCCGGAGCUGUCCCAAGUUGAGUUUCAGGAUAAUCUCCUUGUUGGAGAGUUUCCUGGGAGCGAUGAUUCGAUAGCUGUGAGUCUUGGUCAGAUUAGUCUCUCGAACAACAAGCUUGGUGGGUCUUUGCCACCGACUAUUGGCAACUUCUCUGGAGUCCAAAAGCUCCUCCUUGAUGGCAAUAACUUCUCGGGACAAAUCCCACCUGAAAUAGGGCGUUUGCAGCAGCUUUCCAAGAUUGAUUUGAGCAGCAACGGGUUCUCCGGUCCAAUCCCGCCCCAAAUCAGCCAAUGCAAGUUGUUAACCUUUGUUGACCUCAGUGGGAAUGUGCUCUCCGGUGAAAUCCCCAACGAAAUCACCGAUAUGAGGAUACUGAACUACUUAAAUUUGUCGAGUAAUCACCUAUCCGGUAGCAUUCCCUCGUCUAUUUCCACCAUGCAGAGCUUAACUUCUGUUGAUUUCUCAUACAACAAUCUGUCUGGUCUAGUUCCGGGUACCGGCCAGUUCAGUUACUUCAACUAUACUUCGUUUCUUGGUAACCCUGAACUGUGCGGACCAUAUCUAGGCCCUUGCAAAGAUGGGGACACAAAUGGAACCCAUCAAACACAUGUCAAAGGGCCACUUUCUGCCUCAGUGAAGCUCCUCCUCGUCAUCGGGUUGCUCGUGUGCUCCAUCAUCUUCGCGAUCGUGGCAAUAAUCAAGGCCAGAUCGCUGAAGAAAGCCAGUGAUGCCAGGGCAUGGAAGUUCAGCGCCUUCCAGAGACUGGACUUCUCUUGCGAAGAUGUCUUGGAUAGCUUGAAGGAGGACAACAUUAUCGGGAAAGGCGGCGCGGGAAUCGUGUACAAAGGCACGAUGCCGAACGGCAAUCAAGUCGCCGUGAAAAGGCUUCCUGCGAUGGGAAGAGGGUCUUCUCAUGAUCACGGAUUCAACGCCGAAAUACAAACUCUGGGAAAAAUCAGGCACAGGCACAUUGUAAGGCUUCUGGGUUUUUGCUCAAACCACGAAACCAAUCUUCUGGUCUAUGAGUACAUGCCUAAUGGGAGUUUGGGUGAGGUUCUUCAUGGCAAGAAAGGAGGCCACUUGAUCUGGAGCUUGAGGUACAAGAUUGCCCUGGAAGCUGCAAAAGGGCUCUGCUAUCUUCACCACGACUGUUCACCUCUGAUUGUUCACAGGGAUGUGAAGUCCAACAACAUCCUGCUUGACUCUGAUUUUGAAGCCCACGUCGCUGACUUUGGCCUUGCCAAGUUCCUUCAAGAUUCGGGCACAUCCGAGUGUAUGUCGGCCAUUGCUGGGUCUUAUGGAUACAUUGCACCAGAAUAUGCAUACACUUUGAAGGUGGAUGAGAAGAGCGAUGUGUAUAGCUUCGGCGUGGUCCUGCUCGAACUAGUCACCGGAAGAAAACCAGUUGGGGAAUUCGGCGACGGGGUCGACAUAGUCCAAUGGGUCCGGAAAAUGACCAACUCAAACAAGGAAGAAGUCCAGUUGAUCCUCGACCCCAGGCUGAGCACCGUCCCACUUCAUGAGGCCAUGCACUUGUUUUAUGUCGCCAUGCUCUGCGUCGAGGAACAGGCUGUCGAGCGCCCGACCAUGCGGGAGGUGGUCCAAAUCCUGACCGAGUUUCCGAAGCCAUGCAAUGUGAAACAGGAAGAAUCCUUAGCGACUCCAAUUGAGUCUCCCGCAAAAGAAGUGAGAGAUGAUCGUCAAUCGCCACCACAGUCGCCGCCACCGCCGCCCGAUCUUUUAAGCAUUUAAUUAACUUUCUUGUUUGUGUGGGAGUUCAUGUUUAUUUAUUUUCUUUAACUGUGGUUUUAAAGGGGGGUUUAAUGUGUCAAAAAUGUUGGAUUAAAGUCCUUUUGUCUUGGUGUACAGUGAGGGGGGUAUCUUGCUAUGAAUCUUGUCCUUUAUCUUGAAGUGUACUUAUGGCCUGCGAUCCUCUGUUUCCGCGUCAUGAAUCAUCAAGCAGGGCUUUGUGA